GAACAUAAAACGUGUGUACAGGUGCAUGCAUCAAAGUGCAUGAGCCUUACUCUGCCGUGUAAAACAUUCUCUGCAUCGUAAGACAUAUAUGUUAUUCUGCCAUUCUCGCUGAGUUCCUGUCAGAACAAUUUUGAAAUUUUUUUCAUGUACCAUAGCUCUAUUUUCGUAUGGUGUAUGUAAAUUCGUCGACGAAAACAGUUUCCAUAUGUAGCUGUUUUGCGACGAACGCAAGAUCGAUCCGAUUCGUUAAAGAGAGGAAAAAAAAAAUAAAACCAAAUGGAAACGUCGACUGAAGCGGAAAGUCCUGCGGGAUUUUCGCCAGCGGUGCGUGAGAUUCUCUUGGAAGUCCUGGAGGAAUGUGCGAACUCAUUGGCCAUUUACCAAAAUAUUUUGCGACAACAAUCGGUGAUGAGGGACGACGCCAACACUAUUUUUCCCAAUGCUGAGAUUUCGGAGACGUCUAUUCUACAGACGCUCACCGGGGGCGCGGCGGAGAUGGUGGAUUCACGGAGAGAAGCUGCGCGUGAAAAGCUUCAACGAGACAGUAUAUAUGUGAGCAAUAUAAUACAAGACUUGAAGCGAGAAAUUAACGAAAACGGAACCAUCGAUAUAUUAACCAAAGAGAUCGAGAAAAUAACGUCGCAAGAAGAACAGGAUCACCUUUUAAUAGAGAAAAAUGAAAGGAUGCAGACGAUUGUGGCGGAGUUACGAAGAGCGAUUGCCGAUAAAAAAGCAACGGUCGAGAGGGAGGAGGAGAGUUUAACGAAGAAGCUCACAUUGACACGGGACGAGAAGGAGAGACUGAAACUAAUUAAGGACGUGGAGAUGAAAUAUGUCCGAGUGUGGGAAGCGGCACGUCGGGAGCAAUACGCACUGCGUUACGAAUUGAGGCUAGACGAAUUGAAAAAGAUUUGUAAUGAUUAUUGCGUGCGCGAGAGGAACGAAAAUCACGUGAAUGAUGUAUUGACGCGUUAUUUGAUGCGACGUGUAGCGCUCAUCGAGAAUCGAAUCGAGCAAUGGCGGCGGAGGUAUGAUCGGGAGAAGGAAAUGUAUGAGGAGAAGAUCCGCAAAGUACGCAACGAGAUCGAAGACGCUCGGGAAUACUUGGGGGAACUUACAACGGAGUAUGGCAAUAACCAGGAAUUCAUCGACACGUAUCUCGCGGAGCAGGAGGCGCUCCGAAGACAAAAGGAGUACGAGGAUCAUAUGCUGCGUAGCACAAUCAAGAUACAAGCCUGGUGGCGGGGCGUAAUGGUGCGGCGGAAGCUGGGGCCGUAUCGACCAGAAGAGAAAAAGAAAAAGAGGCCCGUUAAGACGAAGAAAUAACUCCGCCUCCUUCCAUCCGCUCGAGUUACUCUCAAACGUACUGCGUCGAUUCUGAUUCGUUCAAUCUGACCGGGCGAACGACUAUUAAUCUAUCAGCAAUCUAUCUACCUGAGGCUUCCUCUAACUGAUUUACUACCAUGCCCCGGUAAUUUUAAUCGUGAAACGCGCGAAACGAGCGAGAGGAGAAAGAAGUGCAAACGUCAAAAUUAAUUUGAAAGGUUUUCUACAAAAACCGAACAAGUUCAAACAAGUCCAAAAAGUUAAAUUUUUUCAAGAAACA